ACCAUACUUGGCGUAGAUCCAUGCUAAUGGCCCUCACUGCCAAGAACAAAGUUGGUUUCGUUGAUGGCUCUAUUGCCAAACCAGUAGGUACUUCUUCUCUUUUUCAUAGCUGGACCAGAUGCAGUAACAUGAUCUUGUCUUGGCUUCUUAAUUCUCUUUCUAAAGAGAUUGCUGCUAGUGUCAUAUAUGUCGAAUCUGCCAAGGAAGUUUGGUCUGAUCUUCAAGAACGUUUCUCUCAAGGAAAUGGUCCUUGGAUCUUUCAACUGCAGAAGUCUAUUGCUUCUCUUAUGCAAAAUGAUCUCUCUGUUAGUGCAUAUUUCACUCAAAUGAAAGGUUUAUGGGAUCAAUUGAUGAACUAUAGACCCUUACUUGUAUGUUCAUGUGGAGGUCUGCGUACAUUGAUGGCCAUGCAUCAGCAAGACUAUGUUAUGUGUUUCUUGAUGGGGCUGAAUGACUCAUUCUCUCAAGUGCGUGGUCAAAUCCUUUUGAUUGAUCCACUUCCUCCUAUGAACAAGGUUUUCUCUCUUGUUCUUCAAGAAGAGCGUCAGAGAGACAUUGGAUCACCUCUUAUCUCUCACAUUCCAUCUGCUGCACUCUCAUCAACAGCAAAACAGGCUCAUCAGAUUAAACCCUCCACUCGCAAAGAUAGACCUAUUUGCUCCCAUUGUUCUGUUCCUGGGCAUACAAUUGAAAAAUGCUUCAAGUUAUAUCCUCCUGGAUAUCGCUCCAAAGGAAAAUAUUCCACUCCAUCAUCUUCAGCUCAUCAAGUUGCUGGUGAUUCUGCCUCUUCAUUUCCACUCACACCACAGCAAUGCCAACAGCUUAUAGCUCUUCUCAAUUCUGAAUCACAUGUGUCUCAGACAGCCAAUGUGAUUUCUUCAGUUGAUAAUCUUUCUGGACCUCACCCAUUGGAGAAUGAUUGGGAAGGGUAAAGCCAAAGGAGGAUUAUACAUACUGCAUAAAUCAGAUGAUCAUGUUACUCUUCUUUGUAAUUCAAAUUUCAAUUCUACUUAUGUUUCACACUCUAAUCAUUCUGAGUUUGAUAUUUGGCAUAAAAGGUUGGGUCAUCCAUCCUUAUCUCGAAUAAAGUUGUUGUCUUCUAUUGUACCUACUGCUUCCAUAAAUAAUGACAUUCCAUGUUCAAUU